AUGCCAUCCAUCGUCGACCUCAACCUUCCAAAAUUAUUAGUGCGCAAAAAAGCAGCAGAGUGCUCAGAAGAUUCAUCCAGUAAAGAGCUGUUGCUCGAAUCAGAACAGCGGGAUGCUGAACGUGAUGAAUCAAAACCCUUUUUCCAGGAUACACAUUCAUCGGCUUCCUUGCUCAACACAUUCUGUGUGCUGGUCUGUAUUGCCUGUGCAACACUCAGCUGGUACAACUCCUUCUCCCACCCCCUUUCCGUCCAGAAUGCACCUUUUCCUACCGAUAAUUAUCGAACGGUGCACAGGAGCAAGUACAACAGCCUGCGUCGUCCCUCGCCCUUCAUAGGAUUUGACUAUCUUCCGAGAUCUAAGCCUGCUAAACCUCGACGUCUAGUCAACUUUCCAGUUUCAAUAUCCCUUGUCAAUGCUUCUAACGUCGACCAAGUAUUCAGCGACGACCCAGGGUCAGAAUGGACAGAGACUGGACUCAUUUCGCGGGAGGACAGAACCGUAAUGAUUAGCCCCUCUGUAAGCACCUUCCAUGUCGGUUCCAUGGACCAAAUUACUUACAUAAUUCGAUUGAAGGUUAGUACGAUCGUCCAGUUUAGGGCGGUAGACUACGGCAUGGAGCGUUGUAUACUCACCAUUCGGAUGUCAUCCGCGACUACGGAUGUCCUCGAUGUCCCUAGGGGUGUUUCAAUCCAUCGGUUAGAUGCAUCUCAUGGCCCUCUUGAUUUGAAAAAAUUGUCGUAUUCCAACCGUCCCACUCGAAUCUCUACCAUGGGCGCCUUGCAAGUAUCUCCCGGUACUCUCUCGGACUGGCAAACGGAGUUCCAUUGUAUGUGGGAUACUCUACACAUUUUCGAGUUUGGGUACACGGGCCAAGCGAUUGAUGAAUAUCGUGACAAUAGUACCUUUACCAUCCAAUGGUCGCAGAAUAAGGAGGAGGAAGAUCCUGAUACUGGUACGUCAUCUACGAUGUAUUCAUAUUGUUCUUGUACCGAUAUCCUACUAGCAAUAUUUUUGGUGCAACGGGAAUCGAUUUGA